AUGGGGGCGAGGCAGCUGAAACGAGACGUUGAGGCUCUUAUUGGUGAUUACAUUGGGCAGAAACUCAGAGAAAAUUCAUUUGAUCCAAAGGGGAAGGGGACGUCCACCAUGCUGGACGACCUGGCUCACUAUGACCUUGCAAUCAGUGUCGCCCUUUGGUGGUUGGACAAGGAAGAAGGGCGGGACGUUCUCGACAGCGACAUCAUUGGAGCAACGUGCAGCUUAGGAAGUGCCCAGUACCCUAAUCGCUUAGAGCGGGAGGCCAUGAUCCUGUCGUCGUUUGCAGGGAUUAUUAUGAACAACCUGCCAGUGGAGGAAAUCUUGGCUCUGUACAGGUGUAAACCAGCAGCUUCAUACCCCAACCAGCAAUCCAAGGCUGCGAUCGUCUACCCCUUCACUCUGUCCUACCAUCCGUUCGCCAUGCUCGGCUCUUACAAGGCCGUGCACCACUCCAAGAAGCACAAUCAAAAGUUGAAAAGAUGGCUGUCUGAGAGGGCGAAGGCGAGCGCUCCGCCUGGACAAGUGUCAGUGCAACCUUCAUCCUCCUCCUCCUCCUCCUCCUCCUCCUCCUCCUCGUCUCACUCCUUCCUCAGUGACAGCAGUGACCGACGGGAGGAAGGAGCUGAGCACUACGACGGUUCACAGGAGUCUCUGCAGGACUGA